GUAGUUUCCUGGCGAGGCGUGCGGCCGCUCGGGGCUGGGAUGAACUGCGCUGUCGGCGGAGGCCGGGCAGCCAAGCUGGAGCCAUGGUGAGCACAGUGGUAGCAGUUGGACUGACCACUGCAGCUGCAGGAUUUGCAGGUCGCUAUGUUUUGCAAGCCAUGAAGCAUGUGGAGCCUCAAGUAAAACAAGUUUUUCAAAGUCUACCAAAAUCUGCCUUCAGUGGUGGCUAUUACAGAGGUGGGUUUGAACCCAAAAUGACAAAGCGGGAAGCAGCACUAAUACUAGGUGUAAGGCCUACUGCCAACAAAGCGAAAAUAAGAGAUGCUCAUCGUCGAAUCAUGCUUUUAAAUCACCCAGAUAAAGGAGGAUCUCCUUAAAUAGCAGCCAAAAUCAAUGUAGCUAAAGAUUUACUAGAAGGUCAAGCUAAAAAAUGAAGUACAUGUGUGAUGAAACUUAAACUCUUAAUCGUUUAUGCAUAUAUAUAUAUAUAUAUACCUUUUUUAAAUAAUAAAAUGCCUCAAUACUACAAUUUUUAAUGACUAAGCAAAAAAUAAUAAAAUAAAAUAAAAUAAAACUGUACAAAGCUUUCAGCCACCAGGUUCCAGAUGCUAACAUGAGGCCAACUGGAUCUCCCUGGGCAAAGGACCCCACCAAUGUGUUCUGGAGCCCAGAGUCCCCAGAGCCCCACCCCA